GAAUAUAAAUAUCCUCACGCUAGCAGAACUAGUUAGGAUGUUUCGGGAUCCAUUAACGUCUACUCUUGUCUCAAAUUGGCUUAAAGAAUAAGGCGAAAGGAUUACUCAGUAUAAAACAUCCCCAGAUAGGGAACACGAAGAGUUGAUUAAUUCAGCAGCGCAAUAGUGCAGUUAGAGACCCAGGUUUUCUUCCUACCCUCCACCUGUCGGCCUAGACAGCACAGCAGUUGGUGGAUGGCCAGCACAGUUCUGUGUGGUCAUAUGUGAACAUGUGGCAGUGCAGGAAGGAUGUCUUUUUCUUGGGUUUCUCUUUAAAGAUGAUGAACUCUUUCUCAUGAGCCCCCAAAGAGACCACCCCUUGCAUCUGCUUGUUAGAAACCUCUCUUAUCCGUCCACUCUUAGCAGUCAACGCUGAUGCGGAUGGAAUCACUAGGACUGCGUUGCAGUGAUUAGAAUUGAAGCUUGCAGUGGGUCAGCAUCCCACCAAAAUGUCUAUCUAAACAAAAUCAGUUUCUAGAUUUGGGGCAGGGAAGAGUCUGUUAAGAUGGUAGAACAAAAUUGGGCAUACAGAUGCGUCUGACUUCAGAGGCCAUACGUCUCACCCCCAUCAUUUUACUUCUCACAUUUAAUAAGCAAAAUUUCAAAUAAAUUAUUAAAAACGUUUGCAAACUCUGCUUUAUUUGUUUUUAAAGACAGAGAGAAUUUCAUAAGUAAUGUUUCCUGCAUGGAUAGAAUUAAUCCUUUCUCCCAACAUUUUUGAGAUGGUCAGAUCUGACCAGGUAUUAUUUGAGUGCCCUUCUGUGUCAGUGUGUAUUGUCUGUGUCAUGCAUGUAAAGUAGAAAAAUUAGUUGAUGUAUAUGAAAUAGACAGAUGAUCUGACACAUAUUCAUCUUAAUACUAAUGAAAAUAUCCUCGUAAGUGUUAUAAAGGUAAAGAAUAACAAACUAAACUGCACUUUAAUUGAAAAUAGUAUUAAACAGAAAUUUCUUAAAAACACACACUUAAAUAAACACUCAAGAGAAUUAAAUCUGAAAGCAGUUACACUACAAAUUGAGGACAAUUCACAGAUGAAACUGAAUUCUUAGCGGAUUUUUUUUUCCAAAACUGACAAAAAUUAAGCUCCAGUAAAUACAUACACACUCCUCAUUUGAAUAUAACUAUUAAGAAAUAAAAAUCAACAUCGCAGGGACUGACAUUAUUUUUUGUAUAAGAAAUGACCAGUGUUGUCUAUGUUUAAAAUCACACCAGUACUUCCUGGUUCAGUUUCACAGAGCAGAUAGCACUUGGCCUUCCAACUCAAGUUUCACUAUAAUUAUAAUAGCAACUGACUGCAUGUAUAUAUUUCUACAAGGAAACAACAUGAUUUUUUCUGAAAUUAAUAAUUAUUUGCAUCAAGCCAUUUUCCAUAUUCUGAGCACCUGAGGAAGCCAGUUUUACCUAGGUCUAUUUUUAGGUACAUAUGCAUUUCUAGAAGAGCUGUUGUCUCCAUGCUUGAGUUGUCCAAAUCCUUAUGAAAGACACUUUUUUCCUCAAAGAAAUGGGUAAAGGAUAGAUUUCUCAAACCCGCCAAUUCUUUAUAGGAUUGCUAAGCCAGAAGUUUAAAAUUAAGCUUUCUGAAUCUUUUUGAGGUUGUCACUAUAAGAAGCAAGCCGUCAGAGUAGAUGUUUGUUUUACGCUGUGUUUCAUCCAUCAGACAGACUCCUGACUUCAGUUCUUUUCAAAUAUACUCUCCCAUGUUCCUAUCUACUCUCUCCUGAAUAGAUGGGACAGGGAACGUGGGACUCCCUUUGUUUAUUCAGUUUGUUUCAGCUCUGUUGCAGGAGGAUGUUUUACACUCCAGUUGAGAAAAAGAAGUGGCUGAAAAGGAGCUGAACCGUGGAAGAGAAGUGUGGCUCAGGUCCAGCCCUAAAUAAACAUGAAAGUGGUGAGCUAGUCAGUGACUAUGGACGCGCUUGCUAUCUGUUGAACAGAAUUUCAGUUAAAUUAUUGUCACACCCUUUCCUCUGCAGGAAACAGAUCCUUGAUUGAUGGAGUAAUAACUUCCUUUUGUUCCUCUAAUAAGAAAUUCGAGAGCACAUAAAUGCCACUUCGUUUUCUACCUGUCUUCUGAGAAACUGCAUCAUGUGAUGGCUGUGGAGGACAUCACCCGGCCAUGUCCAGUCUGGGCCAGCUGCCCUGCCGCCUUUGGUCGAGGGAGAACUAGCCCUCCUCUGCUGGGGCUGCCCGCUGGUGGUCCAAGACCAGCUCCUGGUUCCAAACUGGCCGCAGGCAGACUGCUCAGUGGCUCUCCCAGGAGAGCAGCUGAAGGCGAAGGGCCCGAACCUUCAAAGUUCAAGGAGGGAAAUGGAUGACUCCACAGGGGAGCAGUCACGCCUUUCUCGCCUUAAGACCAGAGACGAAAUGAAACUGGAGGAGACAGUCUCCAUCCUCCCCCAGAAGGAAAGCCCCUCUGUCCGCUUCUCCAAAGAUGGAAAGCUGCUGGCCGUGACCCUGCUGCUGGCCCUGCUGUCCUGCUGCCUCACGGUGCUGUCCUUCUGCCGCCUGGCUUCCCUGCAAGCAGAGCUGGGAAGGCUCCGGGCGGAGCUGCGGGAGCUGCCCGGCGCCCCCCAGGCGGGAGCCGCAGCCCCCAGGGCCGCCCUGCGGGAGGCUGCAGCCGCCACCUCCGCCCUGAAAGGGAGUUUUGCGCUACCAGCUCCCCGAGAAAGCAACUCCAGCCAAAGCAGCAGGAGUAAGCGUGGCCUGCAGGAUGCAGAAGAAACAGUCACUCAAGACUGCUUGCAAUUGAUUGCAGACAGUGACACGCCUACCAUACGAAAAGGAGCUUACACAUUUGUUCCAUGGCUUCUCAGCUUUAAAAGAGGAAGAGCGCUAGAAGAAAAAGAGAAUAAAAUAUUGGUCAAAGAAACGGGUUACUUCUUUAUAUACGGUCAGGUUUUAUACACCGAUAACACCUUUGCCAUGGGACACCUAAUACAGAGGAAAAAAGUCCAUGUCUUUGGGGACGAAUUGAGUCUGGUGACUUUGUUCCGAUGUAUUCAAAAUAUGCCUGAAACACUACCCAAUAAUUCCUGUUAUUCUGCUGGCAUAGCAAAGCUGGAGGAAGGAGAUGAACUCCAACUGGCAAUACCACGCGAAGAUGCUAAAAUAUCUCGGGAUGGAGACGGCACGUUUUUCGGUGCACUGAAACUUCUGUGACCUACUUACACACCUUGGUGUGGCUGUUUUCCUCCCUUUCUUUGUACCUCUAAAGAGAAAACACUUAACUGGAAAUACCAAAAGGAAAAAAAAAAAAAAAAGGUAGUUACCAUAGCCUGGUUUGCUGAAACUAGACCAAAACAGGAAAUUUAACAGACAACCACAGCCAAAGGGUGUCAUGUGAAUUAAAGAACUAGAGCCCGUUUAAGGAAAAAUAGAACUAGAAAGACUUUUCACUAUAAUGCCAUGUUGAACACCUUAGUCAUGGUUUCUUACCUUGCAAGAAGCACAGGAUUCAAAGGGGCAGUAACAUUUCUUCAAAAAUGGUAUCCCACUGUUUGCUAUGGGACAGCGCCCAUGGCUGUAGGACAUUAAGACAUUUGGGGGAGAUCUGAGGAUUUAUCCUCUAUUUUUAUGUUAAAUACCCUCUCUCCAUUUUCAGUUAAUAUUGAGGAAACUAAAAAAAAGAAAAAAAAAAGUAUAGAAAUCUUGCAUUCCAUACAUGAAAAAGUAACUAAAAGUUUAAAUAUCAUUAAACAAUCGGACUCAAAAUAGGAUAUAGGUACUAUUUAAGUCUUUUAGGUUUAUUUCAAGUUUGCAGUUUUUAGCUCUAAUAUCAUAUAUUACCUGCUGGAACACUCCUGGACAUCUUUCACAGGAGGAAAAUAAUUCUCUCAUGUGUUUACACUUAGGUGUAUUUUUUAUAGCUAAUUUCAGUUACUUCAGAAACUUUUAAUGUAGGGUAAUUCCAAUUCAUGCAUAUAAGCAUUAAUUGAAAGAAAUAACUAUAAGUGUUUUAACCUAAAAAUAAAAUCUGCCAUAGAAGUUAAUAAGUACAUUUGUAAUAAUGUAAUAUCAUUUCCUUUUAUUUCCUAUCCUUCUAUUUUAAACUGCUGGUAUUGUAGUUCACAUAUCCCAGCCUUUAAAAAAUACUCAUGUUAUUAGCUUUACAGAAGUUGAGGUUUAAUUAAAGUUCUUGGCAUCCUGAGUAUGUUAUAUCCCAUGUGCUUGUUCCAAAGAUUAUCACAUGCCAGAAGACACUGUCCUAAUUUUCAUUUUAUAAAGACUCAUUUUUGAGAAUGCUGUAAUACUUAUCUUUUAUAACGUCAUGUGUUUUGCUUAUAUUUUUAAAUGUCAUCAGUUUAAACAGUUUACUUCAUUGUUUAAACAGAUGGAAAAAUAGACCCUGGUCUACACUAGUUUUCCCCAGUUUACAUUAAAAUAUUUUUAAAGGUAUUUUUUUCAAAACAAAA